UUGCCGGUAUUAUAAUAUUUUUAGCGUGAAGAAAAGUGUUUUAAAUAGAAAUUAGCGAACAAAAGUAACGGAAAAUCAUAUUCUUCAUUAAAAUAUUAAGAAUGAAUAAAUCAGAAGAACUUUGGAAUAUUGUAGUAAAAGAAGGGCUAAAUAAUUACAAUAACCGGAAGGAGCAACCGGAACUACAAACUCUUUUUUUAGUCGGAACUCCAAAAUCGGGAAAAACAACUCUAAUCCAUGCAUUUCUCGAUAAAGAUGAUGAACCUAAGGCUUCCCUUCCUGUUGAAUAUACAUAUAUUCGGAGAACCAAUAAGCAUAUGGUAAAAGAUAUAUGUUAUAUCUGGGAAGUAGACAUUACCAACAUUACUUUUGUCUCUCAAUUAACCAAGAGUGAGGGUUUGGAGAAGAUUUCUUUGCUGCUAGUGAUUGAUUUGUUGCACGUUCAGGAUCUUUGGAAUGCCUUUGAAACCGUUGAGUCAUUUAAGAAGAAUAUGGAGGCCGAAACGAAAACUAUUGUAAACUUUGGGAUUAUUGGUAUGAAAUACGAUUUAUUUGAGGAUUUAACAACGGAAAAAAAGCUGAUACUUUGUCGAAUUACUAAGCACUACGCUACAAUAUUAGAUGGUCAUUUGAUUUUUUGUGCCAAAAAGAACCGAACUACACUGAAGGUCGCAAAAGAUCUAUUUUCACACUUGGCAUUCACAACAAAGUUUAGCCAUCAACUCAGAUUCGACUUGAGCUCCCCUAUAAUUAUACCCAGAGGUGGAGAGAAUAAAAGUGAAAUAAACUAUUUACAUCACACAUUUGAGACUCAGUUUGCUCACAAGGUCAGUGAGAUUUUGAAUCAUUUUAAACCAACCACCGUGUUAAUUUUAAGCUCACACAUUGGGGAAAUGCAAAUAGAGGGUUGAAUUGUAUAGAUGCCAGUUGAUUUUUAUAGCUAAAUAAUCAUUUUUUAAUUAUUCAAGCCGAUUGUUACCAAACGGGAUGACGACGACCCUGCCGAAGAUCUAAAUUAUACAAAUGAUGUUAUCGAUAAGCGGCGGGAAAAAUGCCUUGAAGAAAGCGGAAAACCUUAAUUUGAGUUGAGGCAAC